AUGUUUUACACUAGGUACUACCUGAUUUUUCGUAACCCGACACACCCGAACACCACGGUAUCAUUGAGUCGCAUUCUCGGCGAAAAACAAAUUCAACUUCCACCAUCUCGCGUAACUAUGGGGCGUAACGGUAAGCACUAUUCUCUGCAAUCAGAGUACACAAAAGCAUAUACAACUUCAAUACUAACCACAGAGCAAUUAUCCACCGUUAUUGAUAAUCUUUUUGUUGUUUUCAAGCGAGCGGAUGAAGAUGUAAAUCUUUUGUCACGAAAGGUGAUUCCUCAAGACUUCCAUGAAGCCGAAUCGAGCCAAAUUAUUCAUUCAUUUACAGCUUAUAUCGAGUCGCAUCCGAAACAAAAGACUUUGAGCAUACUUGACAAGUACUCGAAUCGUCGAUAUACCAGCAUUUAUUCACUCCAUCAUGAUAUUAAAGCAGUAUGCUCUCUUGAAAUUAAAGAGUUCAGAAUUGGAUCAGAUGAAUACAACAACAUAGACUUAUUUUAUAAAUUUACCACAGACUUGAUCUUGAGAGAAGCAAGCAGGUACCAUUUUGCACUCCAGAAGGGCCGCUCUACCCCAGUUGCUACAGAAAUACAGUCACAAGUCCAGGAGGAUUUCAUGAAGAUAUAUAACAGUGUGAGUCCUAAUGGUGAGGUUUUCACUCAUAUGCUUCCAGAACCCGAAACUGAACCCAACAGCGAGUUAAAUACCCCAAAUGGUUAUCCCAGUUUAUACAAUCUGUUUCUGCCUCAACCACAAGCAAAAGCAAAGAAACAACCUCUCUUUUCGUCUUUGACAGGAAAGUCUGAAAUUGACCCUCGCUACACUAUAGUGCCAGAUCCUUAUGGCCUUGCCAAAACCAUUCCUAUUAAUACUGCGGCGGCCAGUAAUACUACCACUCUCGAAUCACUUUCCCCACCAGUGUCCAAAAUUCCUCCUCCAAAUACCCUACCAACAGAUAUCAUAUCCAACUACUUCCAUUCAAUAUGGUACACCACUCCUAUUCCAAGGUGGUUGUCUUAUAAAACUAAGAUCCUCAAGCCAGCAGUGGAGUCGAGUCUUCUCAAGGGCAAGCACAAUGAUGACUUGAGACUUGUUUCACGUACAGACGAUUCUUAUGCAUCGUUUGCGCCUGUGGUGGACACCAGUGAUUCGGCUGUUACUCUCGACUUGAAGAACUCUGUGUGGUUGAGCCAUAUUGGCCGCAAAGAGAUCGAAGAGUACAAGGCUUUGUAUUACCGUACGAAAGACUCUCAAACGAAAACGAACGGUACCACUGAAACCAAACCAGUAGAAAAGGAAGAACACGCAAGAGAACCUGUAAAUGAUGUUGGAGAAGUGGAAAAGCAUGAAACGUCUAUUGAGACAGAUCAAAAAAAGAACCUUGAAAUUGACGUUGCCAAUUUGGUUCAGUGGGCGCCUGGAAAUUUAGCAGAGUUGGAAUCGAUCAAGCAGGAAAAAGAAGCCAUCAAAAGAUCCAGUCGGGACUUUGCGAAUGUGAUCACAUCUACUUUGCUUCGGUUAAACAAGUUGAGGCAGGAGCGCUACUAUCAAAGCUCAAACAACAGCAUCAUUCCGCCCACACAGACAGAAGUUCGCUUGUACAACAAAGCCACCAAAUUGAUAAUACUAUUCAUCGAGGUCUACAAUGUCAAUGCCAGUGACUUGGCGAUUCAAUUCAGCAAAAAACUUCCCGUUCUAGUGGCAGACUACAGUGGUACUUUACCAGGAAUGCUGGCUAUCAGAGCCCCAGCUAUUACUGGAAAAUCCACCAGAUUGCCCAGUAUCAGAGGACCUUACAAGAAAAAAAAUAAAUUGCAAUGA